AUGGCCAGGAUCCAGCACCAGCUCAGCCCCAAACACAAGCACCUCCCUACAGCAAAGGAGUUCCAGCCCCAGGACACUGCACAAAAAUGGGAAACCUGGGUCCAACUAUCAGAUCAGCAAGCAUGCAAUGGAAAAGGUGCCAGAUAUGGAUUUCUGUUACUGCUCCUUCAUAUCCUGAGAGCUGUUAUUGCACUGGAGGAGAAGAUCAUCGUCAGUAAACUUGGAGACAACGCUACACUGAGUUGCAUUUAUCGAGGAAGAGAAUUGCACUUAAAAAAUCUACGGGUAUAUUGGCAAAUAGCUGACGAUCAAGAAGAGUGUUCAGUUGUACAUGCACUGAUCUCUGGUCAAGACAAUGAAAGUGAACAGUGUAUUCACUUUAAAAACAGGACUCAGUUAUUCUGGGAUAGAUUGGAAAAUGGCGAUUUUUCUCUGCUACUACUAAAUGUCAGCCAGAGCGAUGAACGUACGUACAAAUGCGUAGUACUGCAGAAAACUGAAUAUACCAGAAUGAUUCACCAGGCAAAAGUGGUUCUCAGUUUAGCAGCUAGUUAUAGCCAACCAAUACUCAGUGGACCGAUAAGAAACGGUGACAGCACUGGAGAGGAGGUGACUUUCAGCUGCAGGUCUGGCAAUGGAUACCCAGAGCCCAAUGUUUACUGGAUAAAUAAAACGGACGACAGCCACCUGCCUCCAUCAGAGCUAAACAUCACCCCCCAUGCCGAUGGCACUUACAGUGUUUUUAGCACGCUGAAGGUUAAAGCCACUUCUAACAUGCAAAUAGAGUGCUCCAUAGAAAAUAAAAUUCUGCGGGAAAAUCUAUCAGCCAACUACACAGAGGAGCAGCAAAGCAAUGGUUCUAGCACAGAAAGUCAUAAAAACGUGGAAAAAAGUGGACGAGGUGCUCAAGCAGCUGGCAUCGUUUCUGUUGUCAUUGUGAUAGGUCUUCUAGCUGUUUUAAGCUGCUGGCUGUGGAGACGGAGGUGCUCUAAACUAGCGUCCUACACAGAUGUCCAACCAAAUGAAGACAAAGGAGAACGCAACUGUCAACCAGACACAACGUGCCAUGCGCUUGUUGGAGAAACCGUCAUUUUGCCUUGCACCACCACCUCUCCUGGAGAUCUGAUCCUUUCCAAGUCAAUGCUCUACUGGCAGAUAGACUCUGUCGUAGUGCACUUUUUUCACAAUGGGCAGGAUUCGCUGAAGUCCCAGGACCAACAUUACCAUGGCAGAACUAGUCUUUUUUUGGACCAGAUGAAGCAUGGCAACUUUUCCUUAAAGCUCUCCAAUGUCCAAUUACUGGACACAGCUGUAUAUACCUGUAUCUACAAACAGACUGGGGAUCAUCCCAACCAAACACAGAAAUCUAAAAUUAAACUCCUUGUAUCAGGUAGCAUAGAUGUCCUGUGUAAAACUAAGAUUGAAAGGAUCGUGUACACCAAGAGUAUCAAGAAAGUGCAGAAGUUUUGUUUCAGGCCAGAGCUGCUGCAGCCGCCCUAUUACAGAACUGAGGAGCGCCUGGAGAACUGCUCACCGGGGCUGGUGAACAGCGGUGACUGUAACGCACUCCUGGCUGAGCCCUCAAGCAGAGGGAGGUGA